UUGCCUGCCUGGUAGUAUGUGGUCUGUGGUUCGGGUUUCGGCUGUGUUCUUGAAUUUAAUUUAUUUUCUUUUUAUUAUUUAUGUAUUUGCCUGGUAGAGCCCAACACUGGAUUUACUUAAGUUUUUAUCUCUUAUUCGUCAGUGGUUUUUAAAACCAAUCUACUUCACGAAGCAACGUAGAAGAAUGAGUCUCCACAAAGCCAGAAUCAAAGCUUUUGAAGAUCUCCUUGAACAUGAUGUGAUCAACAUAGAACAGCUACAAAAAUUGGCAUUUAAUGGGGUGCCGGAAGAAAAAGGAUUGCGGUCACUUGUGUGGAAAAUUUUACUCCAUUACAUACCCCAUGAAAAAGAUGCUUGGCAGAGUACCUUGGUUAAAAAACGUCAACUUUAUCAACAAUUCAUUAAUGAGAUUAUAGUCUCACCAGGUGGGCCGGCCGAUCAUCCAUUAAAUAUAAGUCCAGACAGCUCUUGGAGUACGUACUUUAAAGACAAUGAAGUUCUUUUACAAAUAGACAAAGAUGUACGGAGGCUGUGCCCCGAUAUUUCUUUCUUCCAAUCUGCCACUGAGUUCCCUUGUUCAGAGAUUGUGAACAGCAAUGGCGUGAAGCGCCUACAUAAGCGGGUUGAGCAAUCAGUUCUAGAAUAUUCUACAUUGGAGAGAAGAGGCCUUGGUGUGGCUAAGCUGAGCAACGAAAUCCGUCGGUCUGAUAGUUUAACGAGUGGAGACUACACGCCACUGAACGAGGGUUGUGAAGCGCACUGGGAAGUCGUGGAACGGAUGCUCUUCCUCUACGCCAAGCUCAACCCCGGCCAGGGUUACGUGCAGGGCAUGAACGAAAUCAUCGGACCUAUCUACCACACCUUUGCAUCGGACUCUAAUAAGGAAUACCGGGAAUUCGCAGAAGCUGACUGUUUCUUUUGCUUCACGAACCUGAUGGCCGAAAUUCGUGAUUUCUUCAUACGGACAUUAGAUGAAACCGAGAGCGGCAUUAACUAUAUGAUGACGAAGUUGUGUGAGUGUGUGAAGAAAAACGGUCCCGAAGUAUCAGCGCGGUUGGAAAAGCAAGAGUUGAGGCCACAAUACUACAGUUUUAGAUGGUUGACCUUAUUGCUGUCGCAGGAGUUCUCAUUGCCGGACGUAGAAAGGAUCUGGGACUCUCUGUUUGCAGACCCGCAACGCUUCAACUUCCUUAUUUACAUUUGCUGUGCCAUGAUAUUAUUAGUAAGAAAAAACCUGUUAAGCGGCGAUUUCGCGUCAAACGUGAAGUUGCUGCAAAAUUUUCCGCCGAUGGAUGUGUCAUUAAUACUAAACAAAGCCGUAGAAAUAUCUAGUUCAUAGUUUUGACAAUGAUGUACACUAUAUUUUAUAAGCUCUUCUAUAGUUGAACUUUUAAUUAAACAAAGCAUUUCGACAUUUCCUGGGCUGUCAGUUUUCCAAUAAAUAAAUAAAUAAUAAUAUGGUUACAUAACGACUGAUAUGAAUCACUGACUGUAAGAUAAGAUAAGAUCUAUUUGAUAGGAUAGAAAAAAAUUGGCACAAUAUUUAUAUAAAAUUGAGGUAAUGGACUGAUCUGUCCUCCUGAACAAAACUACGAUGCUAAAACAAAAAAAAAUGUUUAGUGGUUAGUUACUGACUUCGUUACCAUGGGCCAUGGGUUGAAUCCUCACCUUGAAUAAACCUUUAUGUGAUGCUCACAGAUGUUUGUCCCGAGUCUACUUUUGCUACGAAUAUACUGUAUAAAUAAUAAAAAUAUACGUGUAUUUUUCUACGUAUAUGUUGUAUUAAAAUGCUCUGUAAUCGUAUUAUAAAAAAAUUGUGUGAGCUCAGCCUGAAAUAGGGAAAUAGGAAAUGCUUCAUUGGCCCAUUGACAGUGACACAACUGAACUUUACUAUUAAAAUAUAUUAUAAUAUUAAAAUAUGACAACUGAACUUUACUAUUAAUUAAAAUAUGGCAUCUUUAUUUUACAAAUUGACAUUAAUUCCUGUUAAAAUGCUUUAUUUAAUUAAAAGAAAUAAUUUAGAUUUAGUAUAUUUUAUCUGUUUGUAAGGUGGGGUGCAGGUUAAUUCAUGUUCUUUGUAUUACUAACAUUUAGUAUAUUUUUCUUUAUUUUCAUUUGUGACGCCAAAGUAGAACAACUGUAAACUGCAAAGGUAGCCUAAGGUACCUUGGAUGAAACCAGGUAUUUAGCAUACCAAUUAGAUUCUUAACAGAAAAAAUUAUAACAUCAUCUCUCAAGAAUCCGAUCGGUCGGCUGAACACAUCCCACUCCGCUGCGCUUCAGUGGAAGGCAUCACAUCUAUCUAACCAUACAAUCAUCUAUAAUGCAGACCGUUCUACUUUCAUAGCCCCAAUAUUAGGUCCAAUAUCCACCAGAGCCGAGAUGGGCGUAGAUAUGUUAAGCAGACUUCAAAUAAUUGACAUCCACUCUGGUGGUUAUCGGGCCUUAUACCUAUCCGUCCGACCAUCAUCUACUUUCUCCAUCUCUUUCUAAAAUGUACGCCAUUCCUGUACACUAACUUUUUAUACUGCAUACCCACUUUUCUCAAUUUUAUUUUUAAAUCAUAAUUAUGCAGAUGUGGACGUAAUUAAAUUUAAGGGUAUUAUUUUUUGUGUUUGUGCAAAUUCUGUUGUACACAAUCUUUAGAGUGAAUCCGUCUUCAUGAUGAUUCCUGCAGGAAAGGCAAAAAUGCUACUUUUGACAUUUGAAUGAAUCGAAUUGUGAAUUUGUGUAUGUGCAUUUUGCAAUUUUGACUAUCCCGCCGCACGCGCACUAUUAAUUGAUUUUCGUUUUCAAUGAAUUUGUUGAAUGAAACGGACAUGCAGCGGAGAUUUUGCAAUAAGGUCCCGAUAUUCCCCUUGGUGCACGGAACCCUAAAAAAUAAGCAAUUUUAUACAAAUUCAUGCAUAAUUAUUUUUACUAUUUGAAGAGAUUGUGUAGAACCGAUAUAACAGCAUUAUAUUUUACGAUUUAAGCAAAUAUUCCAAUUUUAAGAUAUCAGACCAUUAAUGUAACAUGUUAUAUUAUUAUUUAUAUUUCCUAAUAAAAUAAACAAUCGAAUUAUAUAAGACUCUUUUACAAAUAUUUUUACUAUUGUUCUUUUAUUUUUACUUCUACAAAUUAUAUAUUAGUAUCGUAAGGAACAUAUUUCAUAGUGUAAUAUAAGAUUUAAGACCUUAGAAAUAUGAUGACAUAAUAAGAUUGCUUUAAAUUAAAAUUGUGGUACUAUAUUAAUAUUGUUGUACUUGAAUAAUAUGUAGCGGUGAUAGUGUUGGUCUCAUAUUUGGGUCGGGGUUCGAUUUUGGGCACUUUAACUUUAUAACUUUUUGAAAUUAUAUGCGAUUAAAUAUCGCUUCCUUUAACGUUGAUGGAAAACAACGUCAGGAAAACGGCACGGCUGAAACUGUCCCUAAUGUUCUCAAAUGUGUGUGAAGUCUGCCAAUCCCCGCUUAACUGAUGUGAGUUUUAGACACACAUUCAAAUUCUCUUAUUGUGUAAAAACAAGGCCUAUUUUAUCAUUGACUUUUUUAUUCUCACUGGUAAUGUUUAUGUGCAGUAAAUUCAUGUCAAAUUACGUUUCAAAUUAUUGUAUUAAUCUAUAAUUUAGUAUUUAAUAUAUCAGAAUGUAAUUUUAUAAAAAUACAUCUAAUUCCAUGCCACA